AUGGCUUAUUCAAAUGAACCUUACGUUUUACAUAACAAUAUUAAGAAGAAAUCUGAAUUUGAAUAUUUUACUGAUGCUAAUGGACAACUAUGGUUAAAAGUAUUCCAUCAAAAUACAAACUAUUGUUAUUUUGAAAGUAAGUUAGAAGCAAAUUAUUCACUUUCGAAGAAUUGCUUUUCUCUUAUUCGUUAUAUUGAUGAAAAAUUUUUAAUCUCCAAAAGUUCACAAAAAUAUUAUUCAUUUCUUCUUGAAUAUCCACAAAUUCCAGAAUACAUCGAAUUUGUCCAAGAAGAACAUUUCAACACUUCAAAUCCAAAACCAGCAGGAUUUAACACAAUUAAAAAGAAAGGAGCUUUCUUAGAAUUUGGUGGAUUACAUCAAUUGAUAUCAACAUAUUCUAAUUCUGCUCUCCUUGUGGGACGCAACAAUGCAGUAAAUUGGGAUUAUCCCAUUGGAACAAUAAGCAAGGAUUAUUAUCCUCUUAUGCCAAUCUUUAACAGACAAUGCCUUAUUGUUGAUUUGUGGAUAGAAAUUAAGGAUUUAAACAUUAUAAAUCAAUUUACAUUUAAUGCAGUUGAUUGUUCUCACCUAAACAUUAAUACUUGCAUUCUUAAUAUCAAUAAAUUUGCAUUUAUUUGUUUGUUUGAAUCAAUAAACUAA